GCUGGUGCCUUGAGCCAGGCCCUGUACCUGCUCCUCCUGGGGUCCCUCCCCUGUGCCCUGGCCAUGGCCCCGUGCAAAGAGGAAGAGUACCCAGUAGGGUCCGAAUGCUGUCCCAAGUGCAGCCCAGGCCCAAGUGACACAGCCGCUUUGGGCACAGGUUACCGGGUGAAGGAGACCUGUGGGGAGCUGACUGGCACGCUGUGUGUUCCCUGUGACCCCGGGACCUACACAGCCCACCUAAAUGGCCUGAGCGAGUGUCUGCAGUGCCGAGUGUGUGACCCAGCCAUGGGCCUGGUGACCAGGCAGGAGUGCUCCCGAAGACAGAAUACCGUGUGCGUCUGUGACCGGGACCACUUCUGCGUCAGUGAGAAUGGGGGCGACUGUGCCGAGUGCCGUCCGCACACACUCUGCAGACCUGGCCAGAGGGUGCGGGCCGGAGGCACCGAGUGGCACGACAGGGUGUGUGAAGACUGCCCUCCCGGGACCUUCUCAGCCAGUGGGACCCUGGAGGAGUGCCAGCCCUGGAGCACGUGUAGCGGCCCUUUCGAGACACAAGCUGACCCUGGGACCAGCAGCUCAGAUGUCACGUGUUCGUCCUGGGGCCUUUAUGUUUUUGUGAGCAGUCUCAUCUUAGUGGGGCUCUGUGUCCUCACAGUCCUCGGGGUGAGGAUGAAAAACCGACGGUCGCCUAGGGGAUCCACCAAGGCGAGAUUGUUUCACCAGGUCCCGCCGGCCCCACCGGAUGUCACCACAGUGGCUAUGGAGGAGACAGCGUCCGUGUCCCCCAGGAGGGAAUGACCCCCUCACAGAUCGAUGGCUCCAAGAGGCAAGUGCCUGAGCCGUCUUGGGCUGUGCCUGCUAGAAGCUGCCAGGCCCCCAUGGGCAGAAUGUGGACCGUCUCUGGGCUCGCUUCACACUCUACCCAGCACAGGAAGACCGGCCACUGCUCAGGGGUCCUGGGGACCCCGCACAUCUCCUGUCCAUUUCAUUAGGGGCCCAGAGCCCUCCACUCACCUCUAUGCUGUCCUCCUGAGGACAUGGUCACAAGCCUCUCUUGGCUCCAAGCCUGCCCACCCCCUAGCCCUCUGAGCCUCAGCUUGCCCAUCUGUAGGAUGGGCCUGCUAGCACCUACCUCAUGGCUGAGAUGACACGGACGGACCACAAAUGCGCCAUGAUAUGAAUGAACAAUAGGAAUGAUUUCUAAAUGGAAUUGGUUUGCUCAACAAAUCAAAAUUGUUUUUUAAUUUGCCAUUAAAAAUAUACUUUACAGAU